AUGAAGGUCUACGGGAAGCUCUCGCCUGAGUUCACCACAUCGAGUGGUGUCAGGGAGGGUUAUCCCCUUUCACCUUUCCUCCCAACACAUCCUCCACAUGCAUUUUCUGCCCCCUCCCUCAUACCCUCAGUAGUGUGGGCCCAUCAAUUAGGACUGACAACGCCUUCCGUAUUGCGUUGGUUUCGGCAGCAACAUCUGCGCGCUAGCCUCGACACCAGGUCUAUCCAGCUGCUAUUAUUGUUUACAAUCUGGAGCGAACAGGACAACAUUCUGCUCUUGCUCUCACAGUGGACUCGCUUGACGUUGAAAUGCACUGGGUAUCAGAAACGAGAAUUCACGAUGCAACCAGUGUCUGAGUUAAUGGCCCUAUCAAUCUCCACUCGCUUCCGGUUGAGGCCUUCUAGCGAAUUUGAGGCCGUUGCUGCAGGGUGUGCAAGGGUCGGUCCUAAGUCACUCGAGCCUGGCAACAACCGUGAAGGGAUCACACGACCGAAAAGUCGACCGUUUUCUAUCCAUCGUCUGCUUACGCUACAACCGACUGUAGCUUUGACACUAAGGAGAAAAAUUAUAAAGUCAUGA